AUGCCGCGUCCAUUACGGCUUAGCAACAGACAAGAUGAGGAUAGUAACGUUGUUGAAAUGGCAAACGAUGGACUGACUAGCACGCAGGUUCAAGAAGCUAACUAUCUUAACUCACUGGCUACUGCGGCUGAUCCUUCUCAGCUAUUCGCUAAGCGUGCAUCACUCAGGGAAGCCUACCAUGGUAUCUGCAGCCAAUUUACAGGUGAUACUGAGAAAAAGGAAAGCAAAGAAUUGAUUGAAAACCUUGGAAAGUCACUUGAAGACGUUGACCGUUCUUAUCAAAGUGUAGGCGCAGGAGGGAAAGAGCUUGCAGCUGAUGCAGAUUCUUUGCUGUCCAUGGCAAGUGUUCUACUGGAACAGAUGAAGUCGUUCCGCCGUUCGAACUCGGAAAGGAUCGUCACAGCUAAAUCACUGGCUGAUGCAUUGGUUAGUUUCUCCAUUCCGCUUCAUUUGUUCAUUUGA